UUGGCAGGCGCAUGAUGAAGCGACAUGACUGUCAGAGAUUUGAAUGGAUUUAGGUCAGCGCUCUUCUCAAUCUCCCCCCGGUAGGUUGUAGUGUCCUGUGAGACUGCUUCUGAGAACGUUGCCAGCAAAGGUUUCGACUCUGCUCUCUCUCUCCAUGGCGCCUUUAGCCUCCGGAACGGAGACCACCACCAUCAUCACUGAAUCAGUGAUUGAGGAAAACUCUGAUGAGGCAAAUUCCGAACAACCAUCGCCUGGGACAGGUGAAUCCAAUGGCCCUUCACCCACAGCAACUGUGCCGUUGAAUAUGAGCAUAAGUCAUAACACCACGCCUUCUCAUCGACGAGGAAGUCAACCAGGUUUCGUUGAAAGAACCAGCUAUUUUCCCUCGCAUUUGAUGGGCGAAAAUGUUCUCACAACAACUCCACCGGCUCCCCAAGUUGAACGUAAGUCCGCCUAUGUCGGAUCCAGCAGUAAUAAUACCAGCCAGCCAGGGUCAAGAAGAGCCUCACAAAGCUUAUGGGCGAGAUCCAAAUCAGUGGCUGAAGCUUAUGUCAAACCGACUUCUUCUGAGGAGCAUACCAGGAGACGCAAAGAGUCAGGCGGUCGUCAAGAAUCGAUCGUGAUAGUCAACCCAUCACAGACGAACGCCGCCGAGUAUGCACGAAAUAUGGCUCGCUAUGGUGCGAGAAGCAGUUCAAUCGAUGUUGACAAUCUGGAGCAGACCAACUUUGCGACUUCUGUCCCUCAAAGUCGCUCUAGCUCGUUCUCAAAUAAUCUGCGACGGGUUCAUACCGCUCAAGGUCCGUUGCAGAGGCGAGAAUCAGCUUCAGGUCAAGCUAGGAGGGAGGGGAAUCAGUGGGACCGGCGAUUGUCAGUCAAGGAAUACUUCCGACCACAAGUCUGGGCUGAUCAAGGGCCCAAAACCCCAACAUACGGAAAUAUCACGCCUGUGGUGUCGAGUACUGAUGAUAGUUCAAGACCAUCCUUGGACAGCAAAGAUGCUCAAGGCCCAAAUCUUGCUUUCCAAAGCCCAAGAAAAUGGGUUUUUGCAGGCCCACCGUCAUCAGGCUCGCAUGCAUCGCCACGGUUUGUUCGUCAGUAUUCCAUUGGAGACGACGUGAUCGGACCUGUGAUAAGCAGGCAUCGAUCUUCAAUUGCUGUGAUUGACAAAGUAGCCCCUCAAGCGGGAGUCUACUUCCGUUCAAGGCGCAUCAGGGAAGUCGAAAGAGACAUGUCGUGGCUCAAGCAUCGGAAGGAUCCGAAGAAGAAGUGGCUGACGAUCAUUCCCCUAAUUGGAAUCAUAUUAGGGCUGGGUGUCGCGGCAAUCAAUGUAUACUUUGGGGUUCGAUCGGUUCCGGUGCACAAGUAUUGUAUGGUGUAUGAAGACGACUUCUCCAGUGGCCUGCUUGAUCCUAGUGUUUGGACUUAUGAAGUGCAAGUAGGAGGGUUUGGAAAUGGUCAGUUCGAGGAAACAACCACUUCAGAUGAAAACGUGUUCAUCAAGGACGAUAUGCUUCACAUUGUGCCCACGCUUCAGGAAGCCACUCUCCUGACCACGAACAACACGCUCAAUCUCACUCAGCUAGGGAUUUGUACCUCAGAUAUGUGGUACAAUUGCGUCGCAACGACCAACACCACGAAUGGCACCAUCAUCAACCCUGUCAAAUCCGGCCGUAUCAACACCAAAAAGGGAGCCAACAUCAAGUACGGCAGGGUGGAGGUGGUCGCCAAACUGCCUCAAGGAAAUUGGCUCUGGCCGGCGAUUUGGAUGAUGCCGAGCGAGUCUGUCUAUGGCGCCUGGCCCAAAAGUGGUGAAAUCGACAUAGCAGAAUCGCGAGGGAACAACUGGACUUAUCCGAUAGGAGGGAACAACGUUAUAUCGUCGACGCUGCAUUGGGGUCCAGACGCGGCGAACGACGCGUGGUGGAGGACUUAUGGCAAACAGAAUUCUUUGCGUUCGACAUUCUCUGAGCAGUUCCAUACCUUUGGCUUGGAGUGGAGUGAGGAUUAUCUCUAUACUUACCUGGACGGGCGUUUGCUGCAGAUCAUUUACACCAAGUUCAACGUCCCAUUUUGGCAAAGGGGGAAUUUUCCUUUAGCAUUCCCCAACGGCACAGCAAUUGUCAAUCCCUGGAGUCAGACCGGUAACCCUGCGACACCCUUUGAUCAGGACUUUUAUCUGAUCCUCAACGUUGCAGUUGGAGGCACCAAUGGAUGGUUUGUUGAUGGCAAGGCUGGGAAACCAUGGGUUGACGAAAGCCCCACAGCUAUGAGGGACUUUUGGAACGCCAAAGAUACAUGGUAUCCUACUUGGCAAAACAACAAUGGACCAGGGAUGCAAGUCAAGAGUGUCAAGAUGUGGCAACAGCAGGGUUACAAUGGAUGUGGUGAUGAUGCUGUCGACAUUUCAUGAGAGAGAAAAGACACAUCAAUUGGGACGAGGCAGUGGUGAGGAAUUGUUUUGAUGCCAAGAGCCACGUGAUUUGGAUACACAAUGUCAUCACGUGUCUGUGCAUCAAAGGAUACGAGAAACCCAGCGAUGAUCAGUGCGCAGCGUUCAAGCGGUUGGAUGAAUAUAUUGUUAGAUACAUGGUACACGAUUUCGAGUUGCUAAUCAAAUGUCAUGAAAUUCUUUUCGUCGA